GGGUGGGAAACUGAGGGACCAGCUGGUGAGAUGGGAUGGUCACAGAGGGAAAUGGGGCGGUGAAGAGUGAAUGGAAGUGGUGUCCCAGGCAAGGAUGAGACUGAGUGGGGCGGGGGCCGGCGGGGGCAGCUCGAACCCUGGGCGUGGCUGUGGGGGCGCGGCAGGUCGGGAGGCGGGGCUCGACGGGUCGGGUCUGGAGCCGGCUUCCACCUGGAGCAGCGGGACGCCGAGCUGAGCGCUCCCCACCUGGGCACCUCCUCCGGCCUUGGCGCGGCGGGCCAGGGGGCAUGGCUGCAGUGGGGCAGCUCCACCCUGCUCUCCCCCCUGCCCUCGCCCUCGGCAUCCUCUGCCCCUGCCGCCACUUCCUCCUCCUCCAACUGCUGCUGUUAGUUCGGGUCAGCGCCCCUGGCAGCGGUUCUGGGGCCGGGAUAUCGGAGCCUUCCUUUGAGGCAAAAUGUGAGGACCGCUUGUUUAAGAACUUGUUUCAAGACUAUGAAAGAUGGGUCCGACCUGUGAAGCACCUGAAUGACAAGAUCAACAUUAAGUUUGGCCUUGCAAUCUCUCAGUUGGUGGAUGUGGAUGAGAAGAAUCAGUUAAUGACCACAAAUGUGUGGUUAAAACAGGAAUGGGUUGAUGUGAAAUUAAGAUGGAACCCGGAUGACUAUGCCGGAAUCAAAGCUAUACGUGUCCCCUCAGACUCCAUCUGGACUCCAGACAUAGUAUUGUUUGACAAUGCAGAUGGACGCUUCGAAGGGACCAGCACAAAGACAGUUGUAAGAUAUGAUGGCACUGUGGCUUGGACUCCCCCGGGGAACUACAAAAGCUCCUGCACCAUAGAUGUCACCUUUUUCCCAUUUGAUCUCCAAAACUGUUCUAUGAAAUUCGGAUCGUGGACCUAUGACGGAUCUCAGGUGGAUUUAGUUUUGGAGGAUUAUGAUGUAGACAAAAGAGAUUUCUUUGAUAAUGGAGAAUGGGAAAUAGUGAGUGCCACCGGAAUCAAAGGGAACAGAACGGACGGAUGUUGCUGGUAUCCCUAUGUGACUUACUCAUUUGUAAUUAAGCGUUUGCCUCUUUUUUAUACCCUUUUCCUCAUCAUCCCCUGCAUUGGGCUCUCAUUUUUAACUGUGCUGGUCUUCUAUCUUCCUUCAAACGAAGGUGAAAAGAUUUGUCUUUGCACUUCAGUGCUUGUGUCCUUGACUGUCUUCCUCCUGGUUAUUGAAGAGAUCAUCCCAUCCUCUUCUAAAGUCAUCCCUCUCAUUGGAGAGUACCUCGUGUUCACUAUGAUCUUUGUAACAUUAUCCAUCAUGGUGACUGUCUUCGCAAUCAACAUCAACCACCGCUCCUCCUCGACGCACAAUCCCAUGGCACCUUGGGUGCGUAAAAUCUUUCUUCAUCAGCUUCCCAAACUUCUUUGUAUGAGGAGCCACGUGGAUCGGUACUUUGCCCACAAGGAGGGAGCUGAAAAGAGCAAUGGCGCCAGGUCUCCUCGGAACACCUUGGAGGCUGCCCUCGAUUCUAUCCGCUAUAUCACGAGGCAUGUCAGGAAGGAGAAUGAUGUCCGUGAGGUUGUUGAAGACUGGAAAUUCAUAGCCCAAGUGCUUGAUCGGAUGUUCUUAUGGACUUUUCUUCUGGUUUCAAUAAUCGGAUCACUUGGACUUUUUGUUCCUGUUAUUUAUAAAUGGGCCAAUAUCCCCAUAACAAAUCAUACUGGGAAUGCGAACAAAUGAUGCUGCCUCAAGGAUGGUCUAGACGGGAUUAACCAGAAAAGGUACCCGGGAUGUCUGAAGGCCUUCUCUGGCAAUUAGGAAGAAAUAAAACAGAAUAAAUCAUAUUUAAAUUUUAAAACAACGUCGGCAUCCUCACACUUGCUAAAGAUCCUAUUUCGUGGACACUAACUAGCUUUCUCUAAGAGACUGUCUCCAAGAGGACCAACCUGCAGAAAUAAUGUAGCCCCCAAAGUGUGUUGUUCGAAUAAUGGCAUUUUGAGAUGCAAAUUGAAAUUAGAAACUGCUCUCCAAACUGUAAGAUUGAUCAUUGACCCAAUAUAUCUUCCUCAGUUAUGCCAGCUUAUGACCAGUAAUGCAUGGGGUUUUGUAGAAAGUCUUUUCUCUUGACAUCAUUGGAGAAUGCUAGUUUUAUUCAUAAUAACAACUCUCAUUUAUACAGAGAUUUAAGGUUUAACAUUAGUUUGAAAUAUGUUCUGCCUUGGGCGAUGGAAUCCAAAAUCUAAAAUCCUGAUUCCUUUUAGCGAAUCUUCAUCUUGUAAAUAAUCUCUAUUUUUUCAUAUGUUAAACAUCUAAUGUUUUAAUUUUAUUUAAAUUGUAAGAGAGCACCAUGCUGCUUUCUGGUCUUUCAAAAUCAAGAUUUUUCUUUAUGGGGGUAGGAUUGGAAGUUCCCUUCGAGUUUUCCCCUUUCAGAAGAAGUCUACCAUUCAUUUUGUUCGUUAUUUCUGCAUAUCUCAUUUUUCUGUGAAUGGGAUCCCAUUCUUCCACCAUAAAAUCACAUAAAUGUUAACAUGCUUGGCUGUGUGCUCCCAUAGAAGCAUUUUCUUCAGGGCUCUUACUUUUAAUUUUGUCGCUAUUUCCCUCUCUUCCCCAAAUCCUGGCCCUUGGAUCAAAAGCAAUUAUUUUGGGUUUAAAUUAAAUUAAAUUAAAUUAAAUUAUAAUAUAUCUCAUUAAUAAUUGGGUUCAAAUUCCACCUCCUGGGUAACCUUAGCUUCCUAGGUCUUCACUACUAGAUCCCAGCCCCAUAGGGAUUUGGUGAAGGGGCUUCCCUCCACAGGGAGUUCCCUCACACUAUCCGAAAUCCCAGAUCCUUUCUUGUAUUAUUCAUUCUUUUGUUCAAAGCGUUGUGAUUUUGAAUCAUCCAAUUAGAAUUAAGCUAAUUCUCUACCUCGAGUAUUUACAUUAUAUGUUGUACACAGAGACAGUUCUGGCUGCAGCUUCCAUAGUGGAUUUUUCAUAUAUUCUUAGUGGAAUCCCUUUUCCAUGCAAAGAGCCUCCUGGGCUUAAAGACAACAUUCAACCUGCCUCCGGUUUGCCAAACGCUCAUCUGAGCGCAGCAAUGCUAAGCUUGCUUUGGCUUCUCCUUGUCAAAAUUCCCAGUCUAACUUGGGCAAGAGGAGAUACGCAAAAGGAUCUUCUGGUAAGAAGCACUUGAUCACAAACUUGUGGCUCAUAACCAUUCUAAACAUACAUUCAUGGCUAAAGGGAUUGGCAAGAAAGUUGGUGAUCUUUUGAUUUUUUAAUUCUUAAAGAGUCACUUGAAUUUAGAUGAUGACAUCAGGAAGACUUCAGAUCCAGCCUCAGACACUUCCUGUCUGAGGGACCCUGGACAGGUCCCUGAUUCGCCUCAGUUUCCUUGUCUGUAAAAUGAGCUGGAGAAGAAUAUGGCAAACCUGUCCAGUAUCUUUGCCAAGAAAAACCUAAAUUGAGUCAGGAAGAGAGUUGGACCCAACCAAACCAAUAUAACUCAAUAAAUCAUAAAGCCCAACUUGGGUUGAAGCAUUUAUUCUGUAGAUUAACUCUUUGGAGGGCAGAUCCCAUAGCCAGUUAACUUGCAUUUUAUAGUCAGUAGAUAUUUUAGUAAAUACCAUUUGGCAGUCAUGAAGAUGAAUUGGUUUAAUGAAUCUCUUGCAUAAUAAACUCUAAUAUUUUAGAACAUCCUGUGUGCUCCCUUGGCAUCCAUAGAAGAUCAAAGACCUAGAAGAGUCCUCAGAGGCCAUCCUACUUUACAGAGGAGGAGACUGAGGCCCAAGGCCAUUGAGUAACAUAUCCAAGGUCACACAAUCAGUAAAUAUUCAAGACAGAACUUGGAACAGAAUUGCAUGGGAUGGGCAGCCCCAGAUGGGUCGCCAUCUGGCUUGCUGGAGGCAACAUUCAAAUCUCUAAGAUCACAGAGCCAUUGGCAUAUUGGGACAGUUUAGCACAGACGUGCCUGGAACUCUUAAUAGCUUCCCCACCCUCUGUGGCUUUAAAAUGCUUCAAGAACAAAUAAAAUUCCUAAAAAUAUGCCUCUUGAAAAA